UUUACUUCCGGGGUUUCAGCCGCUGGACGUCUGCCACGUUUAGAAGACCGGUAAUAAACAUUCAUUGAUGUGUUCUGACAGACAUUUAUGCUGAUUACUCUUGCAAGAAAGCUCAAGUUAUUUCUUGACGAGUAUAUUCUCAUGCCAGAGAUCGCAGCCAACAUGGCUGUGAACGAAGGUAACGCUCGUCCCCGGAGAGGACGACAUCUUAUAGAUGGGGUUGACCCUGAAAGUGACUUUAUUGGACCUCAUAUUCCCAUCUCAACCUCUGUCGAUCAGCCAGACUUGUAUGAUGAUGAUGAUAAAACAUCGAAAGAAGGCAGCAGUUUGAAGGGGGACUAUGGGAGUAUAGCACUGUUGACAUUUCUAUACAUUCUUCAAGGGAUUCCUUUAGGCUUGGCCGGCAGCAUCCCCAUGUUGUUACAGAGCAGGAGUGUUAGCUAUAAGGAACAAGCUCUGUUUAGUUUUGUGUAUUGGCCUUUUAGUGUUAAACUGCUGUGGGCGCCGUUAGUUGACUCCAUAUACUGGCUACAGUUUGGGCGUCGGAAGACUUGGUUGGUGCCAACCCAGUACCUGAUAGGCGUGUUUAUGAUUGUGUUGUCACGGCACAUCAAGGACAUUCUUGGUGACGGCGACGACACUGCUCCAGUGAGUGUGAUGACGCUGACUGUGAUAUUCUUCAUGUUGAACUUCCUGGCUGCCACGCAAGACAUCGCCGUGGAUGGCUGGGCGCUGACUAUGCUGUCAAGGCGUAAUGUAGGCUGGGCAAGUACUUGCAACUCCGUCGGUCAGACUACUGGCUACUUCAUGGGCAACGUCCUCUUCCUGGCGCUGGAGUCUCCGGAGUUCUGUAAUAAUUACCUGCGGUCCGUGCCACAGCCUCAGGGAGUCGUCACACUCUCAGGUUUUCUUUCCUUCUGGGGCGUGGUGUUUUUCGUCACAACAACUCUGGUCUGGAUAAUGAAGAAAGAGAAGCUUGACCUCUCGGCCGACCCCGACCAGGGCAUUGUGGAGACCUACAAGAUCCUCGGGAAGGUCGUCAAACGACCUGCUGUCUUGUCUUACUGUGUCAUCCUCCUUACAUGCAAGAUUGGAUUUGCCGCUGCAGAUUCCCUGACGAGCCUGAAGCUGAUCGAGGCAGGACUCCCCAAAGAGAGGCUGGCGUUGUUUGCCGUUCCAAUGGUGCCACUGCAGAUCCUCUUGGCUCUUGGCAUCAGCAAGUACACGACCGGACCGCGACCCAUGGAUGUCUUCCUCAGAGCCUUACCUUUCAGGUUAAUCUUGAUGCCAGGCGAAUCCUGGGUUCCCAUGGUACUGCCAGGCGAGUUCCCAUGGUACUGGUACGUCAUCACCCUCGGCAGCUAUGCCACACAUCAGGUAUUUGUGUACAGCAUGUUUGUGGCAGUGAUGGCCUUUGCUGCCAAGGUCAGCGACCCAGCGAUAGGCGGCACCUACAUGACCCUCCUCAACACUCUGUCCAACUUGGGAGGUAACUGGCCCGCGACUGUUGCAUUAUGGAUGGUUGACUAUCUGACCUGGACGAAAUGUACAGCAGACGGCAUCGACACCUGUAACAGCAAGACUCUCAAAGCGGAAUGUCACGCAGCUGACGGCAAUUGCACCACCACUAUGGACGGGUACUACAUCGAGUCUGUGGCAUGCGUCAUCGUCGGCUUCAUCUGGCUUAUAUGGAAGAAGGGCACAGUGAAGCACCUGGACUCUCUCGACCUCUCGGCAUGGAAGUGUCCCACAUAAUCAUCACAUUACACCCGGAGAAUUGUAUACUCAGGGGAAGAAAUAAGGGAACAGUGUGAAGUUAACCAUUUAUUAACAUGGGCGACAGGGUUAUAUGAGAAAUAGCUGAUGGUUGUGACAAGAUACCAGGAAACACUUCAUACUUUUUAGCGGAUAGCUUCGACCGACAAAACCAGAAACAAACAUUUUGAAAAUUGUUGUACAUUAUUUUGUUUUGAGUAGUGCAUAUAGUGUCUCUCCACAACAAAUCCGAGAAAGAUAUAUGUGCUACACUUCAAACUGAAAUGACAUGUUUCACCCGACUAAACCACUUGACCUCAUGACAUUGUGGCCAAUAUACAGAAUAUUCAGCAUAUUGUGUUUCACAAAGAUGUGUUUAUUUUGAUGUUAGUCAGAAGAGAUUUGUUAUCAUAAAAUCUAAAAAAUGUCACUCACAUCUGAUUUUUUUUAAAACCUUCCACGAUGA